AUGUUGUUCGAGGACUUUGUUCACAUACUCCGUCUUCCAGACUCGCUCGAAGCUCGAGCUGCUCACUGUUCGGUGGCUCACGAGGAGGAUGGCCGCAUUUUUGUGACUGGUGGCGAAAAUGAGUUUGGUCAUGAAAUGGACCUGGUUGACUACUGCACCCUUCCGAUCGGCAACUCUGCAGAAACCGCAGAAUCACACAGAUUUUUCACCUGGCAUCGGGCGGCACCGAUGAAUCAGAAGCGCAAAUACCAUGCUCUGGCCUGUGCAAAGGGCAAAAUUUUGGCUGUAUGA